UUAGUGGUCCCUAGUUUUCGAUCUCGUUUGUCAUACCGUGGGGAUAUGACGCCAUUUUACUAACCUUUUCGGCGCGGGUUGCAUCGAAACAGUCUGAGAAACUUGGAGUGCACUUUUGAUAAAUUGGAGGAUUGCCGGAAAUAAAUUAUUUAGUUUCACAGUGAUAAUAAAAAUUAUUGUCGUUAUUCGUAGAAUAUUGUUUCGUGAUCAUUUAUUAUUCGAGAUAAAGCCAUCGUCGCUAUCGGAACUAUUAUGGAAGAUGAGGAUGGAGAAGGUUCGAACAUUAAUUCCUGGUCUAUUCCUGACCAAUCGCCAUACAAAGAUAGUUCAUAUAUUGGUGAGACAUUGAAAAAAGCAACCAAUAUGAACGACUAUAUCGACGGUAUCGAAGAAAAUAAACAAGAAACAUCGGAAGACAGACUAUCUAAUUUAAAGGUUAUAUUUAAAGGUUUUAAAAAACGAAUUCUUGCCCAGACACAAGAAAAUCAAAUGCCUGAGCAAAUUAUGCAGGAAUCAUAUCCAAUGACGACAUUAAAAGCUUCUAAAGAUAAAAGUAUUGAAGGAAAACGUGGUAAAAUAACUGAAUAUGCACAGUAUCUUGGAUUACAACCUGCUGGCAAGUAUAAGUGCCCAACGUGCCAUCCAACAGUGUCAUUUCGGUCGCCAUCAAUGUUGAAACAACAUCAGUGUGUUUGUUUAGGUGCAGCUAACCCUAAUUCUAAUACACCACCAGGGCCUUCUGAUCAAAAUUCAACUAAUAUAUCUUCUCCUAAUACGAAUAAUUUCCAUAUUACAAGAAAAGUUUACCUUUGUUCAGCUUGUGGAACGUAUUUUGAAAAUUGGAAUCUCUUUUUACAUAUGAGAGAAAUUCAUAAACGUCACAUUUGUCUUUUUUGUCUUGGAAUGUUUGGCCAAGCUGAAAGAUUGUCUUAUCAUCUCUCAAAAAAACACAGUGUUCCAGAAACAUGUUAUACUUCAAUAGAAGAUUUUUAUACAGUUUUCAAAGACUCUUGUUAUCUUAUUUGUUGCACGUGUGAAAAAGUUUUCUCAGAGACUGAUAAUUUCUCCAAUCAUAAUUGUAAUUCACCAAAUACACGAACAUCUGAAAUUUGUUCAGUAUGUAGACAAACUGGAACACAUUUGUCAUCAUGUAGUUUAAAUUCAUCAUUAGAGCAACAAAAUACAAUUGAAAGGAUACAUACUAGUGAUUCUGAAAGAACUUUACUUCCAAAUCCAGCAAAUGCUGUUGCGAAAAAAUUACUCAAUGCCGGAAAAGCUAAACUUAAGCAUAAUGAAAAAAUACUUUUAUCAUCGUAUCAAAGAAAAUUUUCUAAUUUAUAUGAAAGAAAAGCACAUUUCAAAAUUAGUCAUCCUUCAGUUGAUAGAGAUGAUGAAAUAGAGUCAAGAAGGCGAUCUUCAAAGGAUAAAAUUACAGAAAAUGUAAUACAAACAUCUAAAUAUGGAGUUAAAGUCGAAGAAAGUAGACUAAUACUUUCAGAAAAUCUUAAAGAUCGACAAAGUGUAAAAUCACCACUUUCUGAAAAACCGUACUGUAAAUAUUCAGAAACAUUUAAAGAAACAUCGAAAUCUAGUAAUUUUUGGAAUUAUCAUGAUGAUAAUAAAAAUAGAGAAGAUGAUCGAUUAAAUAAUUUAGAUGACAGUCUAGAAGAAGGUGAACAAGGAGAAUUGAUUCUUGAUGACGGAAAAGAAGAUUCUUCAGGAAACUCACCUCCAACUAGUCCGAUUUGUAUUGAAAGUCCUAUUCAUAAAUCACCGUCUAAUAUAUCAGAGUUAAUUGAAGAAAAAGAAAUUACUUCGCCUGCCGAAGAAUCUCCAUCUCAUUCUGUUACUAGAGUAAAUUCAAAUAAUUCUAGGAGCCUAGUAAUUAAAAUUUGUGCAAAUAAAAAUUCACAAUUUUCUGUACAGACUCCUAAUGCUAAUGGAACUUACACGAAUAAUGAAGUUAAUGAUGACGAAGAUGAAGAUAUUGAGUCUAAUGAAGAAAAUGACAAAACUGGCGAUACAGAAGCAGAAAAAGAUACUUCAAUAAAUGAUCAAGGAAGUUACUCGGAUAGUGGGAGAUUAACUGUGGCUAUAUCUGAUUCUAAAUCUGAAGAAGAAAAAAUAAAAGAAACAUCUAUAAAUGUUGAUAAGCCUGUAGGAACGAAAAAAAUUGAUGAAAAUACGAUAGAACCGGCAAAUAUAGAAAAAACUGAAGUUCUAGCAACAACAGAACCAGUAAUAAAUCUUGGUGAACUUGCAGACAUAAAUGCAUUUUCCGAUUCUGUUGUAGAUGUAAAAAAUAAUCUACCAGAAACUUCAAUUUAUGACCUUAAAGAAACAGAAAAAAAAUUGGAAGUAAUACAAGCAGAUUCUGAUGGAAUUAUUUUAGCAACUAAUGAUGUAUCUAGUAUAGAUUUGAAUGUAGCAGGUACUUUAGACAGUAUGGAAAUUGAUGAUAUUUUAAAGAGAUGUAUCGAAGCUGCAAGUCCAACAUGUGUAUAUUGUAAUCACGCAAGACACAUAGCAGUACAUGGAAAACAGCUUGCUUUACAUAUGUUAGCGGAACAUCGAUUUCAACCUCAACAUCCAGCAAUUAUAAUUCAACAAGAACAAUUCAUUUCAAGAGUAAAAAAGUCUUUAGAUGAGCUGGAAUCUCAAUACUUCAAUUUAGAUAGCUAUGACACUAUCCGUGGAACUUACGAUGUACCUACGGUGAGGACGUAUGAGUGUUAUCUUUGUCGAAUUUAUUAUACCGUUUACAAAGAACUUUAUCUUCACAACAGAAAGAUGCAUCAGAAGACAAUUCUUAUUUGCAUAAUGUGUAAAUCAACCUUUUAUAAUCACAGUGAGCUUCUAUGUCAUCUUUGUCCUGGAGUUUAUGCGUCUAAUGUUAAUAUUCGAUAUCGUUGCUGUAUGUGUACAAUAGAAAGUCUUCCAUCAGCAUUUAGAUUAAUGGUUCAUUUAAGAAAACGACAUCAUGCUUGUGAUGUGUGUUUGGAAUCAACAGGGAAUCAACAAAAACUUUCAAACCAUGUUUGGAAACACAAACUUCAUCAUCUUUGUUACAGAUGUGGAAUUGCAUAUAGAAAUAAGCCUGAUAUUACUAAACAUCUCUUUUGGAAGCAUGGAACGGAGAGUGUUCUUUGUAAAAAAUGUCUACAGAAGAAAUGGCCACAUGUUUAUCAUUUUUGUAUACCUCCAAAUUCAUUUGUUUGCGAAGAAUGUGGAUCAACAUUUUCACGAGCUGUUGCAUUAAAAGUACAUAAAAGAUUACAUUCUGGAGAUCUUCCUUAUGGAUGUGCAGAAUGUUCAGAAAGAUUUAUAUCUAAAAAAUUAGCUAUUAAACAUGAAGAAAGCCAUAAACCACAGGCAGAAAUUCCUCUAGAAAUUCCAGAAAAUUUGCAAGAAUUAUCAGUUAAUAUUGAAUCCAAUACAGUUACUGAAGUAAGCGAAACUAUUGAAACAGAUAUUUUAAAUGAUCUAAAUGUUUCCAAAGAACCGAUUAAAAAGGUUGUAGACGUUUACGAUUUACCUCCUUUAAAUUUAUCUUCAGAUAGUGAUUCCGAUACUGAAGAAGAAGUACAGAAAAGAAAGAAAGAAAAUGAAGGAAAACCAAAAGACGGGAGUGAAAUAAAAGAUAAUGAUGAAAAAAAUGAUGGUAUUGAAGAGAAUUCUGAAGAAAUUGUUGAAGAAACUGUAGUAUCUGAAUUUAAUGAUAAUACACGCGAAAAUGAUGAAGAUAAUGAUGAACAGAAAAAAGAAGAAGUUGUAAUCAUGAACGGAAUCUGGAAUAAUUUUAAAUCUUAUAAGGCAAGUUUAGAGUCUAAAGAAUCUUUUGAAAAGAUUGAAGAAAACUCAAUAGCAAAAGAAGAACUUUUAAAACUUAUCAUAGCUGAGCAUGAUUAUUGUGUCAUUUAUACAAAUGACUUGAAAGAAAAAGAAACACCUGCAGAAUCACAAAAUAUUGAAACAAAAGAAACUGAAAGUUCUACAUUAAUUAAUUCUACAAAUAACAGUGAAAAUGAUACUAAAAAGAGAAUGAAAUCCGCAAAAAAAAAGAAACAACAAAAUGAUGGCAUCGGCAGUUCAUCUUCAAGUGAUUCUUCUAGUGAUAGUGAUUCAAGUAGUUGCUCCUGUGGUACUAAUUGCAGUUGUAGUAGUUCAUCUUCAGAAAGUUCCUCAUCUUCAAGUAGUAGUUCAGAUUCUGAUAGUUCGAUGUCCGAAAAUUCACCAAAAAAACAAUCAAUUACAAAAAAAAAUAGAAAAAAAGAACGAGAUGCUAAAAAAAACAAAAAUAAAGACGGAACAUCCGUUUUUCAAGAUGAUGUUCAAACUGAAAAUGAAGUAAGAUCAAAUGAAGAAGCACUUACUGAGUCUACUAUUUGUGUCAAUGAAGAAGUUGAAAAAACUGUUUCUGUUAAUAUAUCUCUUAAAGAGUCUGAUUUAGAAACGACAGAAACAGAAACUGAUGAGGAUUUUUAUGAUGAAUAUCCUCAACAGCAUGCUAACAAACUUUUAGCAGAAAAAAGAAAUCAAUUGAUGUUGUUAGCCGUUGUAGAUCCGCCUAUAGAUGAUUCAAAUUUUAAAUCUGCUUCAGAUGAUACUAAAAAUGGAAUUAUAGAGGCUUCUAAUCUUGAAACUAAUUCUCUAGCAACAUCAACACCUUCAUUGCCUUCUAAACAGAUUAAUAAGCGUAAAGUUAGAACUAAAAGACGAAAGAAAGGUGAUGAAGGCAGAGGAAGAGGAAGAGGACGGCCUCCUGGAUCUACAAAUAAACAACAACAGGCUACUGAGUCAAUUAAAUUAAACAUUCCAAAGUUUUUAUAUCAAAAUAAACCAACUUAUACAUCAUCUCCCAAUAUCAAUACUGCUCAAGUUAAUGACAAAGUUUAUUCUGCUAAUUAUCAAGUUACUCAGUCAAAUUCUAGUGCAAUUAAUCAAUCGAUGAGCUCCACAUUACUUGGAAAUGAAAAUAAAAGUAUAAAUAAUACUAAUGAAAGUAAAAGAUCUUCAAAAAGAAAACGAAUACCAAAAAAAUUUUAUGGGGAUUCAAGUGAUGAAGAACAACGGCAGUCUCACCAUGUGACUCAGAAGUGGAGAAAAGUUGAGAACCAAAUUCCAGUUAUCCCUUAUGUUCCAAAUAUUACAAUAAAACAGAAUUUCGGACCACCACCAUCUCCUAUGAUUCAACCUAAAAUUGAUUCUCCGCCGUCGAGUAUUCCUGAAUCAGCUUUAGCGCCUGCACCUUCUGUAACAGACUCUGAAGAACCAGUAGAUUCUAGUAGUGAUUCCAAUGUAUCUGAAAGUGAACAAGUAAUGAAUUCAACUCAAUCAAAUUUUCCAGAGAAUUAUUCUGCACCAUCAGGUCCAUCAGGUCCAUCAGCUCGAUCAACAAACCUCUAUUGUUUUUGUCAGUGUCCAUAUGAUGAAGUAUCAGAAAUGAUUGCAUGCGAUGGUGAAAAUUGCCAAAUCGAAUGGUUUCACUUUGAAUGUGUUGGAAUUAUGGUACCACCGAAAGGUAAAUGGUACUGCCCUAAUUGUAGAAUUAAAGAUUCCAGUUUACCGGAGAAUGAAUGCUAUGAAUAAUGUUCUCCAUCAAUAAGUAAUGAAUUUUAAUGAAAUCUAUAUGACUAAAGACAAUUCAAGAUGUUUCUUUUUUAUUUAGACAUGACUUGUGUCUUAAAAUAUUGUUCAUGAGUUCAGGAUUAUUAUAUUUGCAUCAUUUUGAUUAGUGCAAGAAAAAGUAUAAUAAUGAACAACAAAUAAAACGUACUGAUAUGCACAGUGAUUAUAUGUUUUAAUAAAAAUAAAUUCUUUCAGUAUAAGUAAAAAUGUUUGUAAAUAUGUGUAAAUAUUAAUGAUUUAAAUAGAGUUUAUUAUUCGACGAUAAUGAGUAAGUUUUGUCUCGUGUAAAAAAAUUAAAAUAGAAAAAAGAUAAUCCUUUUUCUUUCAUUUUCUUACUCAUUACAUUAAUUCAUAAAAAUGUCAAAAAAUAUUCAAUUGUUUUAAUUUAAAUAACUAAAUGAAUAUUUAUUACUUUCACACCUUCCCACACUGCUGGCAGUGUUUAUGCCUUCUUCAAAAUUAAUCCUCUCUAUUUGAUGCUUUUUUUUAUCUAUUUUAAUGUACAUAUAUAUAUAUAUAUAUAUAUUCUAUCUAUAUAAUUAGUAAACUUUUUUGUGGUAAUAGUUAAAAUAGCUAAACAAUGAAAGUUGUAAAAAAACUGCUACAAAAUAUAAUUGAUGAUUGUUUUACCUUUAAGCUGAUAUGAUUUUUAAAAGAUACAUCAAUAGUAAGAUGUCUGUAAAAGAUCUUGUAUAAUACUAAUAUUACGAGAAAUUUAAACAAAAAAUAAGCAUAAAAAAUAAUAUAACUAACUUGACGUAAAAGCAAAUACCCUUAAGUCUAUUUUUUUAAUAAAUUACUCUCACAAUGACAUCCAUUUUAUCAAUUCUUUUUAUUAAUAUUCAUAAUAAUAGUUGUUAACAAAAAUGUAAGGCCAACUUUUUGUUCAUCGUAUUUUUAAUUAUUUCUUGAAGUUGAAUAUAAAAAUAAUACAAGUAUAUCUUCUGUAUUGAAGAUACAAAUUAAUAAACAGCCUAAAUUAUC